UCGUGUUGUUAUUGUUAUACGGAAGCUCCGUUUGGUCCAAACUUAAUAAUACGUAGAAGAGAAGCAAACACAUUCCAUUCUAGUCUUUAUAUUUUGAUUGAAAUCAUAACAGUUACCGAUCGAAACCUAUCCAUUUACUUGUUAAACUAGUGUAAGAUGAAUUUGUCAUUUGCUGGAUGCGGAUUCCUAGGCAUAUAUCACGCAGGGGUAGCUGUCUGCUUCAGGAAGUAUGCACCACAUCUUCUACUGAACAAGAUCUCUGGGGCAUCAGCUGGAGCCAUCGCAGCGUGCUGUCUUCUUUGCGAUUUACCAUUAGGUGAUUUGACCAGCGAUGUGCUUAGGGUGGCAACCGAAGCUAGGAGUAAGUCAUUGGGACCAUUUGCACCGUCGUUCAACAUACAAGAUAUCCUUUUUGAAGGAAUCUCUAAAGUCCUUCCAGAUGAUGCUCACUUGAUGGUGAAUGGCAAACUGCACAUCUCCUUGACUCGCGUUUACGAUGGCAAAAACGUCAUCGUGUCGCAUUUCGAUUCCAAGGAAGAUUUGAUGCAGGCUUUGCUGUGUUCUGCUUUCAUCCCCUUAUUUUCGGGGCUUCUUCCACCAAAGUUCCAUGGUGUUAGAUACAUGGAUGGAGGCUUCAGUGAUAAUCUUCCAACGCUAGACGAGAACACGAUCACCGUCAGUCCGUUCUGCGGUGAGAGCGAUAUUUGUCCCAGAGAUGACAGCAUGCAAUUAUUCCACAUUAACGUAGCGAACACUAGUAUUGAAUUGUCGAAGCACAACAUAUACAGAAUAGCGAGGAUCCUGUUCCCGCCGAAACCGGAAAUCCUGUCAAAUAUGUGCAAGCAAGGUUUCGACGAUGCUCUGCGCUUUUUGCACAGAAACAACCUAAUCAAUUGUACUCGCUGCUUGGCUGUGCAAUCGACCUUUGUCGUGUCUGAAAGUUUGGAUGAAAGCUUCGAGUACGAUCCGCAAUGUAACGAAUGCAAAAUUCACAGACAGGAAGCAUUGGUUUCUAAUUUACCGGAUACCGUCUUAACAAUCUUCCAAGAUGCAAUCGAUACCGCCAAUAAGGGUCUGGUGAAUUGGGUCUUUAAGCAUCGCGGCAUGAAACUCUUAUCAGUACUUAGUCUCCCUUACACUGUUCCCGCAGAUAUGGUUUACGCAACAUUCACCAACGUGGUAGGUGGUAAAUUAGAAUCGAGAUCGUUACAAUACAAAGUCAAAGGCCAUAUAACAGCACAUAAUAACCAGCCAUGUACCCAUUUAACUAAAAAGAGACUAAUGUCGUCCGCUCCAUUUCUGGGAAACAAUCUAUGGGAUAUGAGCAAAUUCUUCAUGGAUCAGUUCUCGUCCGUCUUAAACAAAGUAAACAGCAAACGUCAACAGCUCAGUGCCAAAAUCUCUUGCCAAUUGGCUAUUACGGAAUAUGGCGGAAAAUUGUUUUCAGACAAUUUCGACGUCGAAGCCUGUCAAGGUACAAACAAAAUGAACUUAAAUUUCACUUUCAACUUGGACGACGAAGACUUACCUUUGAGCAAAUCCUCUGGACGAAGAUUUACUACAAACAAAGUCUUAUCAAGGAAACCUAGUAUGACUGUGAAUAAGACGGAUGCCCCGGUGGACGACGACACGUUCGAUCAUAUUUUGCACGUAACUGCUCAGCACGAAGCGAUCAUGGCAUAUUACUACUUAGAUGAGAACAACAAAGUCAAAGUCACUGAGAUUUUUGAUGUUUCCGAGAGCGAAAAUCCCGCGUUCCAAACGAACUUGGAGAAAGAGCUGAACCGCCAAUUGGAAUUUGACGAUGAUUGGGACGAAUCGACUUGGUCAGCGGAUCAACCCGAGUUUUUGCGCAUAGAAGAUCGUUCACGGAGUAUGGCCGAACUUUCAGAGUAUUCGAUUGAGGAUAUUCUCGACAAAGACACUUCAAACCUGUUCUCUGACCCAGAAAGCGAAUGGGUGGGCACUUACAAGAUCGACGAGCCAGAUGAUUUCUUUUCGGAUGCGAGACCCGAAUCCGAUCAACCCGACCUAUCCAAACCAUAUGUUAUUCCAUCUAUGAGUUUUGAUACAGAAUAUAUGUAAAUAGUAAACAAAGAAGGUAAUAGUAUUAACGAUAUUAUACUUUAGCCGCUAGUCACAAAGAGGUAUAUCAAUUAUACAGAACUGAUGCACAAAAAAUAUAUCUAUAUAUGAAAC